CUCUGUCUUCCCUCUUCCUUAUUUCCUCUGGCCGUAUCCCGCCUCUCCAAAUUUCCAUGCGAACGAGAUCGACAUCGAGGGAGAAGAACUCGAGCGGGCAGUUGAAGCCGGGCCAUGGGAAUUUUGCUGUAACCGGAGUCGAGGGCGUGUGAUCAGGGGCUGAAGGAACAUAUCGACGCCAGAGAUUAGCAACUGGACCGGAACUUCAGUCCUCCUCAUUAGGAUUUGUCUAACAUGCCACGCCUACUGAAUGCAGAAGAGGAAGAACCCAAUACAGAGGUUCCCCAAGGUGCGAGAACGCAUGUUGCACCAGCUAAGAGUCAACGAGGUACCCGUAGGCUUGCCAACGCGGAUAUGACAUCUCUCAAAAGAAAGCUGGAAGAACUCAUCGGCAGUCGCCAAGCGGACAUGAACAAGCUAAAGUCGAAGUGGAUGAGAAUAGAAGAGCAAUAUUGGAGUGUAGUGCAGGCAAUUAGAGAAGGAAUAUCUUUCCCACCGUAGAAAGUAGCAGAGGUGGAAGGGUUGAGCAAAGAAGUUGAACAGAUUCUUCCAGUUCCAGGAAGAUUUCGGCAAGAGGCGAUGGCACUUGUUAGAUCUAGCAAAACACCUCAUUUGGUGACAAAAGAAGAAUUAUUAGGCAAAGAAACUCGACGGAAGGUGAAGGAGAUGUUUUACACUAUAUUGCGGAAUGAGUUUUUCAUACUCGGUGUUUAUGGUAUGGGUGGAGUGGCAAGACGGCCAUUUUGAGGCAUGUCUAUGUCAGUCUCCUUGAUUAUCUUCCGUCAUAUGUAUUCUGGAUUGCUGUACCUCAGGAUUUUAGUGUUUAUGCGCUACAAGGAGAGAUUGCCAAUGCGGUUGGACUAGACAAUCUUUCAAAUGAGAAGGACGUGAAGAGAAGGGCGGGCCUAUUGUAUGGACAUCUGAAUGCAAAGAAGGGAUGCAUCCUAAUUUUAGAUGGCCUUUGGAAGCCCUUUGAAGUUAAGGAUGUGGGUAUUCCAGUUGAAACGGGCAAACUAAAGUUGAUAGUGACAACUCGAUCACCAGAUGUGUGUCGUAUGAUGCUCUGUCAAAAGCAAAUUAAGAUAGAGCUUCUCGAUAUGGAAGAUUCUUGGAGGUUAUUUUUAAAGAAGCUUUGCUUUGCGGGAGAACUCCCUCAGGAAGUUGUACAAAUUGCAAGGUCUCUUCUUGAUAGGUGUUGUGGUCUGCCACUUGGGAUCAUUGAGAUUGCAAGUCGCAUGAGAGGGGUAAAGAAAGAGCGUGAGUGGAGAGACAUGUUGGGAAAUUUAGAAGAGUCCAGGAUGGAGCUUGAUGUGUUCAAGAGUCUGCAGCUCAGUUACUUGAACUUGGGUGAUGAACAAGUGCAACAGUGUUUCCUGCAUUCAAUGCUUUGUUCUGGAAAUCUCCUUUCAGAAGCUGACAGAGAGUAUUUGAUAGUCUUUUAUAGAAGAAGGUUUGUUAGGUGGAAUUGCCACCAGGCAAGGACUGUACGAUCAGGGUAACAAUAUAUUGGAUAAAAUAGAAGGGGCUGGCCUGUUGGAUCCUGAAAAAGGGCAUCGGUAUCUACACCCGUUGACAAGGGACAUGGCAUUGCAUGUAGUGCGGAGCACAACUCACAUGGUUAAGGCCUAUAUGGGGUUGAAAGAAAUACCGGAGGAAGUAUUCUGGACUGAUCGUCUAGAGAAAGUCUUUUUACAAGGCAACAAAAUAGAAGAAAUGCCAUACAACGUAUCACCAAAUUGCCCUAAACUGACGCGGCUGUCUUUGUAUGACAAUUCGACCUUGGGAGACAUCCAUGAAUCUUUCUUCAGACAUCUAAAGGGGCUGACGGUUCUAGAUCUGGGCCGCACUGGAAUCACAAAAUUACCGGACUCCAUCUCCCAGUUGGAGAGCUUGGAAGCACUGUUACUGCAAAGUUGUUUCGCAUUACGCUUUAUUCCUUAUGUUGGAAAGUUGGGAUCCCUAAGAAAGUUGGACCUCAAAGGGUGUGAAAGUCUUGAAGAAGUGCCAGAGGGCAUGGAGAUGUUGGCAAACCUGAGGUACCUCGCCCUAGAUGGCACAAAGAUAGAGACAUUACCGGAGGGAGUGUUGGGGAAGCUGGUGAACUUGCAAUAUCUCGCGAUUAAAAAGCUAAGGGCAGGAGAAGAGGUAAAAUUACAGAAGGUGGAGGAACUUCAUUGUUCUGUUUCCAAUGUGGAAAUGUUCAAUGCAUGUGUGGGGUCUCUCGAGCGAAAUAGUUGCCAACGGUACAUGCUCGUGAUGGGUGCACCAGAAAAUUUCAGCCUUUGGUGUGGGAGGAAGACUGAGAGGUCUUUACUCAUUGAUAGUUGCGACCAUAUCGCUGCAAGUAUAGAUGGAACAAGUGGUGAUGGCUGCGCUCUGCUUCCAGAAAGUGUGCAAUCAUUGGAAUUGUCCGGGUGUCAUGAAAUGAAGAGAGUGAUGGAAUGGGAGUGGCUGACCACUCUCCUUCCAAAUCUGAACGAUAUUAUAACAAAGUGUUGUGAGAACUUAGAGGAGAUAAUACAUGGCCCAUUGCCAAGCGGAGCCACUUGUCACCUUACAUAUCUUGAAGUAAAUUGUUGCAACAACAUGAAGAGGGCGCUGCUGACGCAAGACAUGGUGCUCCACCUCCCUUUCCUCCAAGAGAUAUUAGUCAAAGACUGCAAGGGCAUAGAGGUGAUAAUGGGCACUGUUGCCAAAAUGACGCACUUUUCCUUCCUGAAGUUAAUGAGCCUUGGUCUAUGUAAUCUUCCGGAGCUGAAGAGCAUAUGCGAUGGGACCACGAGAUGCAAUUCCCUCCAGUUGAUAUCUAUUCGCAAUUGUCCAAAACUGAAGGGGAUUCCUCUGCAUCUGCCUGUGCUUGACAAUGGGCUCCCUUCUCCUCCCCCUUCUCUUCAAGAGAUUCGGAUAAAUCAGCAGGCGUGGGAGUCGCUGGAGUGGGAUCAUCCCCUUGCCCGUUCUACACUUGAACACUUCAUCAAGUUUCUUGACUGAUGAAGCCGUGGAGGAUCCCGUUGAGUAUGAAUCGUCUUCUGAUGGCAGUGGACUCAACGCCAUUGCUACAUCAUCCCGCUCGAUUGAUGUUUAAAGUACCUCUGAACCUUACGAUGACAUGCUUAAUUUAUGCCUUAUUUUAUAAUCUAUGUUAACUACGUCUUGUUUCUGGAUUCUUCAGUUUGUAUUAUCCCUUAUUUCUACCUCGUGAAACAUUUAUCUUUCCA